UACAAUGAAUGCAGUGUAUUCGGCGCGUCGACGUUCGAUGAUAUCAUCCUAUAUGUUGCACCCUGUCUAUAAUGUGCAUGUGGACAGCAAGUUAAGGGAUGGGGCAGAAUAUGGGCGAUCGGUAGGCUGCGAGAAUGGACAGUUAUCUCACCUGCGAAAUUUGAUUCUUGUCUCCGCAAUCGGAAAUUCCGGCCCAAUCGGAAACCUUCAGGCUGCCUGUUCUCGGAGUCCUCGUUUGUCCGCCUCAAGGUUGCAAACGUUGCCAUCAUACCACAGUAUUUCCACCCGGUCAGCAGCAUCCCUCGAUGGGCGUCCCACUAUCAUCUUUCCAACGUCAUUUCGCCCUCGUGACGUAUCUGGAGGAUCGAAAGGUGGAAAAGGCUUUCCAGACGACUGGCCUGCCAUGGUGUUUCGGUGCCAAUUUCUCUGCAUGCGACCCGAGCGUACCCGUUGGAUCUUUACCCUCUUGUCGUGUCUCUCGCGCGCACGCGUGCGCAGUAAACCCCUUUAUCGGGGAUUGUUUGUAUUAGAUCUCAUCUGUGAUUCUGCAUGCUGCUUUCAGCAAGGCAAUGUGCCCUCAUCAACUACAAACCUUAUAGACACCCGACUACCGACUACGACCUGGACACACCAUUAUUCCACCAACACUUCCUGCAUCCCAUCUGAGACAAAUGGGAUGCGGACCGCUUUGGGGUUCUAGGCACCCACCACGCUAGCGGGUCGCCAGGGGACCGAUAAGCUGGCUGAUCGAGGAUUCCAUGGAAAUUCUUUGUUGUGGAGGAUCACACGUGCUGGAUGACACAAAGCGCUAUUGACAGCAUUCCCUCGAUGAGUCUCAUCAAAGAUGGCAGUCCGGGUGUUAAUAUGAGAACAAUCGGCUGCUCCCCAUCAGGGAUGAGAUGGGAGAACCAGCUUUCACCUCGACUGGGCGGAUACAACGUGGGGCAAGAGAUUCGGAGGUAAUUUUGAGUGUAGACAAGGCACCCGUUUCUUAUCGGAUGAAUGAAAGAAAUGGGGAUGAUGCGUGUAUGGGUAAACGA